AUGGAACUCAAUAUCAAUCAAAACGUUUCCGAUGCAUUUUACCGGUACAAAAUGCCGCAACUUUCGGCUAAAGUCGAAGGUAAAGGCAAUGGCAUUAAAACGGUGAUAGUCAACGUGACUGAUAUCGCAAAGCGUCUAUAUCGCAAGCCCAUUUAUGUUACUAAGUAUUUUGGUUGCGAGCUUGGUGCUCAGAUCCACGUUGAUGACAAAAACGACAGAUAUAUUGUGAAUGGUGCUCACGACACAGCAAGACUUCAAGAGUUACUUUUUGGCUUCAUCAAUAAGUUCGUCCUGUGUUCAAACUGCGGUAAUCCCGAAACAACAUUGAAUGUUAAGGAGAGGGCUGGAGUUGUCACUACGACUUGCAGUGCCUGCGGGAACCGAGGUCAACUCGACCCAAGGCACCGGCUGACCCAGUUCAUUAUUAAGAACCCUCCAGUAGACGAGUCGGCAUCAGCCGAAAAGAAAGGUAAAAAAUUAAAGAAAGCUAGAAACGGGAAAGAGCAACAUGCCGAUGAGGACGAUCAUUCUCCUGUUGGUGACGAAGAACAUAAUGGCCAGGCUCCCUCUGACGAGGAGGAAGAGGUCGAUUGGGGUGAAGACACUACUGAGGAGGCACAAAAGAUGCGUCUUGCGGAGCUUUCAGAAAUGGCCAGGAGCCUUACCAUUAAUGCCGACGUCGAGAAAACAGAAACCGAGAGGGCCAAUAUUUUCUUCAAGCACCUGACACAACUAAAACAAAGCGGAGACGUUGCCCCCCACGGUCACGAUUUGAAAGUCGAGGCUGAGCGCUUAGAUCUUGGCAGUAGGGCCGUUCUGAUUGUGGCCGAAGUUUUGUUGUCUGAUCCUCAAACAAUAGUUGCGGACAUAAGGAAGUACAAGCCCGUAUUUCUCCAGUUUACUCGAGUUGGCGAUCAGCAGCAAAAGGCUCAAGGUUACCUUCUCGGCGCAAUGGCCAGUUUGAUAGACAAGCACUCGCGUGAAAAUUUAGUCUCCAAGUCGUGUCACAUUCUUAAGGAAUUCUACGAUUGCGACAUUAUCGAGGAGGAGGUUAUCCUCUCUUGGUUUGAGAAAAAUUCUGCCAAACGCUAUGUCCCCAAAAAUGUCGCUGCAAAAAUUGCCGAGGUCUGUGCACCAAUGUUAACCUGGUUGAAGGAGGCCGACACGGAGUCUGAAGAAGACGAGGUCGAAGAUGAGAGUCAUAAUGCGGACCAGGAUUCGCCUCACAACGCCUCCGUACCUAAGACAUCUUCACAGGCUGCCAGUGAGUCUGAGGAAAACGAUGACGAUGAUGAUGACUUGGACAUUGAUGCCAUAUAA